UGGGGAGGAGGAGAGGGAGAGAAGGCAUGAGGCGGCCAAACAGAGGCCACAAACAAUUGCAACACGAAAUUUCCAUCACCAAAAACAUAAUACAACAACGGACCCCUCUCUUCCGUUUUCCGUUGUCUCUUUCUAUUUGUAUUCUUCCUCUGCCAGGCCUCUCACCCAACUUUAAAUUCUCUGUUUCUUCUUCCGCCACCUCCUCAUCUUCUACCUGCAGCCCCGAGAAGAAGCUCUGAAAGAGAUGGGUUUGGAGAUUAUGGUGCCCAACACGUGCAUUAGGGGCUGCUGUUCCAGCACUUCUAUUCCUCUCCAUGUUCCUCCUUCCUCUUAUUCUCUUUUAGCUCCAAUUGCCAGAGGGGCGGAGAGUCUUGUGUACGAAGGGACUUUAGAUGGGAACAAGGUUGCUGUCAAGAAACCUAUCCUGUCAACUACGGAAGAUAUCAACAAGUUCCACAAAGAAUUACAGCUGUUAUGCAAGUUAGAUCACCCGGCGAUAGCAACGCUAAUUGCUGCUCAUGCAAAGCCGCCCAAUUACCUCUUUUUCUUCAAAUUCUAUGAAUCUCUCAACCUUGCACAAAAGUUACACUUGGAAGAAUGGACCCCGAGUGUCAGUUACGCACUUAUGAUAAUAAUUCAGUUAGCUAAAGCUUUGCAGUAUCUUCAUAACCUUGGGAUACUACAUAGAGAUGUGAAACCAGCAAAUAUUCUUCUUGACGAAAAUCUUUAUCCACACCUCACAGAUUUUGGUUUGGCAGAAUACAAGAAUGACCUUAAGAGAGUUUCUCUUGAAAAUUGGAAGUCUUCUGGCAAGCCGACUGGUGGUUUUCAUAAAAAAAAUAUGGUUGGAACUCUAAUUUACAUGGCUCCUGAAAUAUUAAAGAAGGAGCUGCACACAGAAAAAUCAGAUGUCUACAGUUUUGGGGUGACAAUCAACGAACUCCUUACAGGUGUUGUACCAUAUACUGAUCUUCGUGCAGAAGCACAGGCUCACACAGUACUCGAGAUGAACUAUACAGAGCAGCAACUAACAGCAGCUGUUGUUUCUGAUGGAUUAAGGCCAGUCCUUGCUGCUCAGGAGUCGGGUGUACCUUCAAGAUUAUUAGCAUUAAUACAGAGAUGCUGGGAUGCAAAACCUGAAAAUAGACCUUCCUUUGAUUAUAUAGUUAAGGAGCUUGAUUCCAUCAUUGAGCACAGAAGGGACGGUGACGAUGGACACCUCAGACCUUGUAAGUUGCGUGACAAUCAGGUUGUAGACGGGAGCAAUAAUCACCUUCAGGCUUAUCAAGAGAGCAUUAAUUGGUCUACCCUGGGAGAACUUCUCUCAAAGAGAUCCUCCAGUGGAACUGAUUCUAAAUUGAGAACCUGGCAUAGGGCUUUUGAUGAGCCUUUGGCUCACUGUCCAACACUUUCUUGGGGAUCUUAUGCUACCUGUGCGAGAAGGGAGACCAUGGAGGACACACAUUUCAUUCUUCCCAGCAUGUGCAAUGAAAAGGACGUACAUGCUUUUGGCAUCUUUGACGGCCAUAGAGGUGCAGCAGCUGCUGAGUUUUCUGCUCAAGCCUUGCCAGGAUUCCUGCAAGCUUUAGGUUCUAUAGGAAGUCCAGCUACCACACUCGUUGAGGCAUUCCUUAAAACAGAUUAUGCCUUCAGAGAAGAGCUUGAUUCCUGUCGUAAAUCCAGAAGAGUCACCCAGAAGGACUGGCAUCCUGGCUGUACAGCGGUUGUCACUCUUGUAGUCAGAAACAAGCUUUUUGUUGCUAACAGUGGUGAUUGCAGGACAAUCUUAUGCCGCGCUGGUUCUCCCAUUGCUCUAAGCAAAGAUCAUGUUGCAAGCUGUCCUGAAGAGAGAGAGCGUGUUAUUCGUAAUGGAGGGCAAGUUCGCUGGCAAGUUGAUACCUGGAGGGUUGGCCUUCCUGCACUCCAGGUUACACGUUCCAUUGGGGAUGACGAUCUGAAGCCGGCUGUAACUGCAGAACCGGAGAUAACUGAAACUACUCUAUCCUCAGACGAUGAAUAUUUGGUGAUGGCGAGUGAUGGACUGUGGGAUGUGAUGAGCAAUAAAGAAGUUAUAAGCAUAAUCAAAGAUACAGUGAAAGAGCCAGGAAUGUGCUCAAAGAGAUUGGCUACCGAGGCAGUGGAACGAGGUAGCAAAGAUAACAUUACGGUCAUUGUGGUUUUCUUGCGCCCUGUCUCUACAGCAGAGAGAAUUUAUUAGGACACCUAAGAAUUAUAUUAACGUGGUGCCUUGCGCUUAUUUGUGUCAUAUCCGUACUUCCUACGCUGUAGGUAGACCUUAGAGGGGUCAAUUUUUAUUUCUCCCUAGUGCCCGUUUGGUUCAAAGAACCACAGGGAACGUAAU